GCAAAAAGAAGCCCCUUUUUGCGACCUCGAAAGGCCAGAUCAGGGCUGCGGCAUGCGGUGUCCCGCCACCCCUUUAGGGCAGUCUGUUGAGCCCCUUAGUCUCUUAACAGGUUCACCAACACUGUUUUGUUUCUGAGUUAUAGCGACCCCAAGUCCAUAAUGUGACUUGCUACAAGGAUAGAUAGGGCAGCAAAAUGGGGAAAGCAAAAAUGGUUUCAACUCAUCGAGGAUAAUGGAAAGUACUUCACUUCCACCAUAUUCAAACCUGGGCAGUAACAAAGGAAAAGAAAAGCAUGUGGAAGACAAAGAAUACCACAUUUGAGAAAUGAAGUUUAUCUCCGGGAUUCAUCGCAAUGCCUUGGCAUACUCCAUGACCACGCUGGGCGCUGGGAUGAUGAAUAGCAUCUUCAAUUUCUAUUACGUUAAACUGUUUUUAAUCCGAUACAAAAUCUCAGAGGCCGCGUUCCAUCAAGCACAGGUUGUUUUUAUGAUAUGGAAUGCCAUUAAUGACCCUCUGUUUGGGUAUAUUCAAGACAACUCCAGAGUACCAUGCUGCUCCAGACGUCAGCUUUCCAUUUUAUAUGGAGCUCCGUUGUAUGCCUUGGCCUUUCUGCUUCCUUGGUUUCCUUGGAAACAAUAUGAAGAAGAUGACUGGCUUAGCGGGCUUCAUCUUAUUGUCGCUUUGUGUGCUUUUGAUGGCCUCCUUACAUUUGUUUUGCUCGCACAAUGUGCACUCUUUGCUGAAAUUUCCACUAGACAUGAAAGUAGACUCCAGCUUAUUAAGUAUAACCAGGUAGCAAGCUUAGUUGGAUCGACCAGCAUCCUUUUCUGUGGCUUAAUUACAGAUAACAUGGAGAACUUCAUCUCUUUUCAAGUCUUUACCGUUCUAGUAGGAGUAGUAGCAACAGCUUGCAUGUGUUACACUGGACUGUAUAGCACUACUGAGUAUGAACAAAAGGAGUCUUUGGCAGAGGAGUUUGCUUCAGAAAGUGCUGAGAGAUCUCUCUCUUGGUCUUCUGUAAUUUUGUUGACAAAGGAGAUCAUGACUCAGAAGAACUUUUUGCUGUUUGUGACCAUGAACUUCUUCCAAGUCUUCCACUUGGCGUUUUGCAACAACUUCAUGAUGAUCUUUGCAGAUAACCUCAUCCCAAAGGAUGUUCUUGCAUCCUCUGUCAGAAGCAUCAUGUAUGGAGCAGGCUUUAUUUGUCCUCAGUGCCUUGUGCUCAUCAGUCAAGCAUUGUUGCGGAAAUUUGGUUACUAUAAGAUUGUCUUAUUUUCCUUCUACUUGGAAGGGAUAGCUGCAGCUGCCAUGAUUUUUCUAGGCGUAGAACACUACUAUAUUUUGGCCAUUUAUCUCACAGGAAACAUGGUAAUUGUUCAAGCUUCUUUCAGUUUGUUUAAUCUGCCUUUGGCUGAUAUUGUGGAUGAAGAUUUAAAGAAACAUAAAAGAAGAUCACCACUUUCCUCUAUGGUUUUUGGAACAAAUGCCCUGUUUACAAAACCAGCCCAAUCUUUAGCCCCUAUGCUUGUGGUUACAGUACUAAAUCAAUUUGGGUACGCGCAACUGAAUAAUAAAGCCAUUCAGCCUGAUGCACAAUUGUUUCUAGGUCUCCAUGAUGCCAUGUUCUACAUGAUUUGCCUGGUUCCUCUUUGCAUUGCAGUCAUACAGAUUUUGACGUGGACUCGCUUUUCUAUCCAGAAUAGUCACCUAGUGUCUGCUUACUAAAUUGUAAACAUGGCCAUCGGGGACCAGACAAUGACUUUCAGCUGUGAACUCUAACACUGGACUUCUGUGAAUGAAUAGAUCAAAUGCAAACUGAGCCAUUUAUUGCUUAUUAGAUCUGCAGAUGCUGUCAUUGAGGACCUUGUCAUGAAGCAAGUAUCUCUUUCUAGUUGAAAUAGUAUGUCAGGUAACUAAAGAUCUUAGAAAUCUCAAAAAGACUUGAGGAUACUAAAAUGCUUCUGUGUCAUACUAAAAAACAAUGGCAUACUGGAAUACUGUGAGCAGUCCCCACAUCCUUAAAUCUGAUUCCUUUUAGAGGAUGUAAGGACCUGAAAUAACCUCAAAAGGAUGCAUUUGAACACUAAAACUGUGGGGCGUUGCUUUCACACUUGCAAAUCAGAUGUCAUAUUUUUCGAGGAAAUACAGGAAAACCUAUGUUACAAUUCUCUGCAUUAGCAACACUACAGUUUAUUAGUGUGUCAAUUUGUAAGGAAGGGAGUAGCAGGAAGUAGAAGCAGGAUAGUAAGUAGGAAAUCCAGGUGGAGGAUUGAAGGCAGGUUGUUGCCUGAAACAAAGCAGAAGCUUCUGUCAAACCUGAUAGGGCAGGCUUAAUAAUUAAAAGGAGGUGGGAGACUUCUAAAACCUAGUAAAUCUGGAAAAGCGAACCUGCUAUCACACUAUUUGGAAUAGGGCACUGUAACACUGGAGGAGGCGGAUUGGCUUCAAAGGUUUUUCUUAGGAGCUUAUCACAUGAAGCAAGUAAAGCAGAAUUGCAGUUGUAUAAAUGGUGCCCUGUUUGGCCUAUGGCAUGACCUUGUUGCUGUUCUUCUUCUGCUGCUGCUGCUGCAUUGGAGAUUGUUUUAAAAGCUAUUAUUUUUACUUUAAAAAAAAUUCAGUUGUUGACUUCUUGCCCCACUUAGGAUGUGCUGCGAUUUAAGUGUGAAACUUCAAUUGUGCUUUUAUAGGAAGCCCCUGCUUAUUCAAGGGGUUAAGGGACCUCAGCCCUGUCAGAAACAGUGGGUCAAAAAAGCAGAAUUGCAUUGGACACUCCAAGACUCCUUCGACUGCGCAGUUACAGGGAUGCGCAUACACACAAAAUGCCUCUCCAACCAGAGGGCACAGCAGGGCAAGGAGCCUGAGGUAACAGUGGAGAAGAAAGAGAAGGGUGGCCAGGGAUUGGAGCCAGGGCUUGGAAAGCUGCAGCUGGGUUGGUCUCUCCCAUCUCAUAGACCCUGAUGAUGGCCUGUCUUCUCCAUCUCUUGCACCUUCAGGAGCCCUCAAUCGGGGAAAUAAUUCAAAGGAAUUCAUCCAUAUAGACCAGUUUCUUCCCUCCCUGCUGUUCCCAUGCCUUAGGUGGGCAUUUUGUGUGUAUGUGUGUACACAUAUGUAUGCAUGCUCCCCAGUUCCCUCCCAUGUACCAAAGAGGUUAAUUUAACAUGGAGGCUGUGAGAUAGGGCUUUAAGACUAUCAUAUGGUACAAUCCCACAGUGGUUAUGAAGGUGUGAUAGUAAAGAAAGCAAUCUUACUUGAAUAGCGUUUUUAAAGACAACACAACUGUGGCAGGAGAGGAGGCUCAAGUGGUAAAACCCUUGGAGGUAGUUUGUAGUACAUGCGCAUAUAUGCACAACGCAUACUCUUAGCGGCUGGAAGGCUCUCUGGCUAGUUUGGGGGAUAUGCCAUAACACUCUGUACUUGCUCUGACAGACUAUUUCGAUGUCUUUCAAGUUUCCCUUAUACUAUUUCAAGUAGCUGGAAACAGCACUUUGGAUUUGUCCUUGUUAAAGACAUUUACAGUUUUCAUUUUCUGGAUGGAAUUCAUGACUAAUGAAAAGCUAAUGCUACUUGAUAUGUCCCAAAGCCUAAAUUAUGCCAUAAUAAAUCCUAUCAUCCUAAUCUUGGCCCAAUAGAUUAUAUAUAAUCAUUUCCUAAUAUAUGCAGUGCUUUAUUUUAUUUUUUAAAAAGUCUAGCCUUUUAAGCUGAAUUCUUAAUACGACAUCGGAAGAAGGAAAUGACUUCUUAGAAAGCUUGUUUAAAAGGAGAUUUGGGUUUUCUUUCCCGCAGUCAGGCAGUGCAAGCCGGUCUACCUCUUUUCUUAGCUUAACUCCAAGGUGGUUGCUUCCACAUUCUUAAAGAAGUAAAUAUACUGUGAAAUACUGUUGGACCUAACAGUAGUCUAAAGGACUUUGGUCUGGCUGCUGAGAUACUCUGUGAAAAAUACUGUUUUUCCUCAUGUUCCUAUUUGCUUAGUAAACUAAAAUGAUUUGCUAUUGUGCGUGUAUUAUAGGAGAUCCAUAGGAAACGCAUUUAAUUAUUAUCAUUCAAAUCCCUCAAAACAUGAACAGAUCCUACAUCUGAGCAGUAUCUUUUUAACAUAGGUUUAUAUGUUCUGAAUUAAACUGUUCACAAAAGUGCAAUUUGUACACACAAACAAUCAUGGAAUUGCCACACUCCUGUAAUCUGCCAAUUAUCUCUGCAUUUUUAUUUGCUAAUACUCAUGCGUUAGUGCCUUUUAUUUGUAUAAAUCGACUUGUGUAUUACAAAAAAAAUAGAAACUUAACUCCUAAAUUAUGGGAAUCGGUUUGGGAUUUUGUUAUAUAUAUUAGCGUUGACUUGAACUGAGGUGGAGAAUAUAAAAAGUAAUUAUUUCUAAAUCCGUACACAUUAUUUCAACGUCUCUAUAAAUUAUUCUGGUUUAUCAAUAAAUAAUUUGUUCUUGCCA